CGUCUCUUCGUGGCUCUCCGUCGUGGCAUCUGCUCCGUCGUUGGCCAUACUGAGCCCAACAUGUGGUUGUGUCAGCAUUUGAUACGUCUGGCGCAUCGGUUCACAAGCAACCAGCGUCAGCCUCUUGUCCCUUCGCCCACUUCUGGGCCCUAUUCGCUCCCCUUCACGCCUCAACCGACUCCCACGCCAUGCCUAAAGUCGGCAUUCGGUUGGGCUGGCGUCUGCUACACCAUCACAAUUGCCCUCACGGACAGGCUUUCAUCUCUUCGCUUCAUCUGUAGCUCCAUACACACACACACACAUGCACAUACACAUCGUCCAAUGUCCGCUGGAGCCACGAACAAUGACACGUGGGGACGAAGACGAGUUGUGACUCGUGAGCCGGUUGCCGAGUCCUGGACCGAUGGACUUUCGGGUGGCUUUCGAACUCACACCGUCAGUUCGGCUGUUUUGGCCAUCCUCUCGAAGGCCGAACAGCGCAUUGCUGCGUUUCGAGUAGACUCGUUCGAGGUGUUGGCCGAAAGAGGAGGGCUUGUGCGAGACAAGGAGGUGGGAGAGCCGAGUCGAGUUGAGAGGGGGGAGAGGCGAGGUGUCUGGUGCACGGGGUUGGGUGGAGCCAGAGGGAAGAGGGAAAUAAAAAGCGCCCGCCAGCCGGAGUUGGUGCCGAGGGCGUCUGGCGACUGA